AUGGCAACUGUAACAACACUAUCAACAGGGAAAGUACCUACAGAAUACACCGUAAAGCUACCUUCAAAAGUCUCCGCAAAUGGAAACGAAAACUACAAUCAAAGGGCUUUAACCGGCGACAUGCCUCCUCCUCCUGGUGAACACUAUUCUCUGGAUGAAUUUGUGAAGUUGGAUAAAAUUGGUGAAGGGACCUAUGGAGUUGUGUACAAAGGUAAACAUAAAAAGACAAAUAAACUCGUCGCGAUGAAAAAAAUCCGAUUGGAGGGAGAGGAUGAGGGUGUCCCAUCGACUGCAAUUCGUGAGAUUUCACUACUGAAAGAACUAAAGCACCCUAAUGUAGUUGGUCUGGAGGAUGUUAUAAUGCAGGAGAAUCGCCUCUACCUUAUCUUCGAGUUCCUUUCUAUGGACCUGAAGAGAUAUUUAGAUCAGCUUCCGUCCGACAAGCAAUUGCCUGUAGCUGAAUGUAAAAGCUACAUGUUUCAGAUAUGCCAGGCUGUAUGUUUUGCUCACCAACGUCGAGUGAUCCAUCGUGAUUUGAAGCCACAGAAUCUUCUUGUAGAUGGAAAAGGCGCAAUAAAACUGGCUGAUUUUGGUUUGGCGCGAGCAAUUGGAAUACCAGUCAGAGUUUACACACACGAGGUCGUGACACUAUGGUAUCGUGCUCCGGAAAUCCUGCUUGGGACACAGCGUUACUCGAUGGGUGUCGACAUGUGGUCAAUAGGCUGUAUAUUUGCGGAAAUGGCCAGCAAAAAACCGCUGUUCCAGGGGGACUCAGAGAUUGACGAAUUGUUCCGUCUUUUCAGGAUAUUGGGAACUCCAACCGAGGCCGAGUGGCCAGGUGUAAGUCAGUUGCCGGACUAUAAGCCGACGUUCCCGAAAUGGAAAGGCAGCUCAUUGGCCGAGAAAAUGGCUAACUACAUGGAUUCCGAUGCUAUAAACCUGCUUGAGUCCAUGCUCGUAUACGAUCCAUCCCGGCGUAUCUCAUCACGAAAGGCUCUUCAUCAUCCUUAUUUCGAUGACGUAGAUACAUCUAGCGUUCCAGCUGGUAAUUAUCGCGGUGAAAUGCAACUCGAUUAA